AUGCUCUGUUCAAAGUGCAAGGGUUGCCUCCAGACGGAAGCUUGCUUGGCCACUGCCCAGGCUUCUCACUCUUUAGCACAUCACCAGACGUACCAGAGUCUGGAGCAAGCUAUUGACGCGGGGUGUUAUAUCUGCACUCGUUUCUGGGAGGCCCUGAGUGCCCAAGAGCAUGUGCUUCUCUCUAGCACUGUGGGUGAAGGAGUAGAGCCAUCAGGUGCAUAUUGCGCCAUCGAAUCAGUUCAACACUAUCUCACAAGCACUUCUCUGGAUGAUGGGAAGUCUUAUGGUCACCCUGGCUGCUACCUUCUACAGGUUGCAUACAACAAUCCUGCCAUCACAACCUGCUUCAGAGCGAGCUUCCUUCUCGAACCUGUCGAGUGUCAGUGGCUGCGUACCUCUCCUAGAAUUGACUCCAAAGCUAAUGAUACUGUAGGUGCAAAUAGAAACCUCGCACGUCAGAGCCUCUCCCAAAGCACACAAUCCCCAGAGACAUUAUCUUUGGCCAAGGAUUGGGUCAGAGAAUGUACCGCGCAUCAUGAACGAUGCAAAAGGCCCGUCGGCGAGAAGCCAUGGUACCCGACACGCCUGCUCUCCUUCGACCUCCCUGAGGCAUCAACAGUCCGCUUGCAGGAGACGGAUCAAACAACUCCUGUUGGACAAUACAUGACACUCACUCAUCGCUGGGGCCCUGUUGACCAUAUAGUAUUAACGAAAGAAACAUAUCCACAGCUGCUCGAAGGCCUUCCCUUAUCUACCCUACCCCAACUCUUCCGGGAUGCCGUUUCUAUCUGUCGCCAUUUGGGCGUAGGAUAUCUUUGGAUUGAUUCCCUCUGCAUCUUCCAGGGUAAGGAUAACAUUGGAGAUUGGCAGCAUGAGGCUUCGCUUUUGAAGAAUGUGUACUCAAAUUCGUUUUGUAACAUCUCGGCGGCCGACACCCCCAAUUGUUCUCAGUCGAUUUUCAACAGCAGAGAUCCCCGUUUGCUUAACCCCCAAGUGGUAGAGCUGACCCUGUGUGGGGAGGGCAGCGCAAAGAUCACAGAGCGUUUUCUCCUUUCAGAUUAUAGGUUCUGGAAAUCUGAGGUCUCAAACGCCCUUGUGAACCAAAGAGGUUGGGUUCUUCAGGAGCGCUUCCUAGCCCCUCGCAUCCUUCACUUUGGCAGGCGACAACUUAUCUGGGAGUGCUGCGAGAAAGACGCUGCGGAAGUCUAUCCUGAUGGUCUGCCGCUUGCCCUCUCGACAUCCUCGGACGCGAGAUUUAAACAGAUGGAUUCAUCCGACUAUACUGGUCGAGUGGGCCGGUACAGGUACCGCGAGGCUGACGGUAAUUCCGCUCCUCAUUUGCUGUGGCUUCGCAUUGUGGAGCUGUAUACAGCUUCUGCGCUCACAGUUCCCAGCGAUAAGCUCAUUGCGUGUUCCGGUAUUGCCAAAAGGGUGGCCGAGAUCGUGCAGGACGAUUACGUCGCUGGUAUGUGGCGUCGGUAUCUAGAAGGUGAACUGCUGUGGAUGGUACAGGGCAAUCAUCAGCCCGGACGUUGGACGCGACCUAGAGAAUAUCGUGCUCCCAGUUGGUCUUGGGCUUCAAUUGAUGGCCCGAUCACUCCCGGCGAGCCACGAAUUCAAGAUUCGUUGAUUACGGUUGAAGACUACCACCUUGAUUACUGGACGAACGAUAAGACUGCUGCAAUUCGCGGUGGUUGGCUACGCCUUCGUGGAGUCCUCAAGAAGACAACUUUAGCACGCAAAAGCUCUACGCCGGGCGGAGGCUACCAUUGGGACAUGAUGUUAGAUAAUGAAAGGGUCAAUGUCCUGGAGGAGGCAUCGCCGGGCAACACUGAGCCGCGAGUGAUGCUUGAUAUUCUCCAGGAAGACUUUAAGGAAGAAAACACCAAAGGAUUGUUGUUCUCUAUGUGUGCUAGGUCGAAAACUGGGGAUGGAAGAGGUAUGUACAUACUGCUAUUCAAGAUGGUUGAAGGAGAGACGGGAACCUUUCGCCGUAUCGGCCUUGCCUAUGCCUGGAGUGAGAAGCGCCUUCUUAAGCUAUCUAUGGCCUGGUAUAUUUGCCUCAACAUCAACUUCGGUACCAUACUACAACCACGUACGGAAGGCUACCCCGAGCCCACAGGUGGAUGGCCUCGAAACUUCGAGCUUUACUACUACGAUGCGAGCGAUUGGAGGGAUACUGAUUUCGGAACGGCUCUUUUUCCUCAUCAGGACAGCCUCGAGAAUCUUGAAGCUAGUGCUAGGUCCUGUGAGCUGUGCCGGUUCAUUGAGCGCUGCGUGUCAGAAACAGUCGCCAAAAUCAAGGCAUCCAACGGCUUAGGCUUCCAGCAUAUUCCUGAAUCGAAUUACACGUUGUGGCUGUCGGGGAGGAAUGAAGCGGAUGGAUUUCAGAUCAUCGGCUGCCACAAUGAACUGAGAGACCAAUAUCGCAUCAUGGGUGGCGGUGGAGUCUGCGUCAGGGAAGAUAGCCCACUAGCACAUGUUGUCAAGGGACGACCAGUUUCCCCAGACCCUAUGUUUUCUUCCAUCUUGGCCCUCAUUCCUGAUUUGAUACAAGAUUGCAAAGACAACCACGGACAUGUCGAACAUGAGACUCGGGAGGCUCCAACCCGGAUACUGAGAAUCGAAGACAAUGGUCAGAGAAUUACGCUUGUAGAGGGAAACGUGAAAAUCGAAGGCGGAUAUGCAGCCCUUAGCCACUGUUGGGGAGAUGGCCCUCGAAUCACUCUUAAUACUGGCUCCGUCACGAAGCUGACGAAAGGGAUGAGUGUAUCUGACCUCCCCAAAACAUUCCAAGAUGCCGUUCGGGUUGUCAACAGGCUUGGGAUAUCACAUCUCUGGAUUGAUAGCUUAUGCAUAUUCCAGGAUGACCCGAAUGACUGGGCACGCGAGUCAGCUCGCAUGGCCAAAGCCUACGGAAAUUCGACCGUCACAAUAGCAGCGAGCCGAGCAACAAACAGUUCUGAGGGUUUCCUGAACAAGCGUACGCAGCAGAACUAUAUCGCCGCUCCGUUCCGCCAUGGCCAGGUUUCUGGAGAAAUCUUGAUCUUCCCCCUUCAUGUUAGAAAUGUUGGGGAUACAUCGCGCUAUGCUCGCCUUGAAGAUGAACCCCUCACAAAUCGAGGAUGGGUACUGCAGGAGCGCUACCUCUCCCCUCGUACAAUCCACUUCGAUAGCACCCAGGUGUGCUUCGAGUGCAAGAAGACGUUCAUCACUGAAGAUGGCUACUCAGCAAGCCCAUCGCGCCUGAACUGGCAAUAUAAGUUACCAAGUCCCAAUUCCUGGGAGGAAGACUGGGAACAAGUCGUCUAUUUAUACUCCCAGCGCAAGCUGACGAUGAAGACCGACAAGCUUCCCGCAAUAGCAGGCAUUGCAGAGUACUUCUCAAACAUAGCAGCAGCCGCAUCUAUCGAUAACCGCUACCUGGCUGGUCUAUGGCGGAACAACAUCAUCUCGGGCCUUUGCUGGCAAAUCGACCCUCGCAAGGGUUUCCAGAGACGAGAAGGCCAGUACCGAGCGCCCACGUGGUCUUGGGCCUCAUUGGAUGCUGCGGUGUGGUUUCGCUCUGUGAAAUAUCCUCUGGCUAUCUUCCAAGAUGCGCAUGUGGCCCUUGACUCAGAUGAGAGUCCUUUUGGCAAAGUAACUGGAGGCUGGAUCCUGUUACGGGCGAGAAAGUUCCCCCUAUUAAGUAAAACCGGCAAUAAGACGAAACUUACAGUUUCGAUCGAUACGGAGGGGCCGAACUCUGAUGUCUCUAUUUUCUGGGAAGAUCAAGAGGAGGUAUACGAUUCACCAGCUUCGGAUCUAGUAGAUGGUGGCCCAUACAAGACCCCUUUUCUGGCAAUCCCGCUGGCCUGCCGUGAAACUGGCGUUGACUUUGAUUCGGAUGAGGUGACAAUUUUCUGUAUAGUGAGCAGAAAAGAUAUACGAUGGCUGGCUGGUAAUCCUAUCGCCCUCGUUUUCCUCGUCAUCGAACAUGACGACGCCUUGCAGGCGACCAAUGCAACCUCGGGCAAAAAGUUCCUUUGUGAUGCUGCUGACUUGAAGGUUAACGAUAUCUUCUUUUUCAUUAAGGAACCACUCCGUCGUCUUCAACAGUUCCCAAUAAUGGCAGACCUUGUUGAUCGAAUAGCUACUGAUAUUGCGAUAGCGAAGAAUGAAGCAUCGGCGCUCUUCUAA